AUGUUUGUAACUGUGUGCUGCUUUCACUUCUUCUAUGGUCCAAGUGUUUUGCAAGUGCCGGUAACCGAAGUAGUGUGUUGGGCGUCUUGCAGGCAUCGUCACAUAGUGCACCUAAGCCAUCUCUCCGAACCAUCGUCUUCGCGCCUACUUCCGCCUGUUCUUCCACCUCUCCCCACUUCCUCCUCCUCCAAUCUCAACUCUCAACUUUUGUUAGAGUCGAAACCAUUUACUCCCAUUAAUAGCAUGGAAUACAUCGCUAAGCACAUCCACCACCCACCACCUACCAUCUCCAUUCCGUUUCCUUUGCAGCCGUACACUUCCCUUCCAUAUCCUCUGUACGUGCCAUGUUACGCUCACCCAGACCUCCGCGGUGACGUUGGGACUUUAGACAGACAGCAGAGACUUCUUCAGCGGUUGGUUGACGACGAUGGUGUUAGCGGCAGCAGUGGAGGAGCUGACAACGGGAAGGGUAAGAAGGUGGAUGGUGCUGAAUUAGAGUGUUGUCUGCUCGACGACCUUUCCUCAAAUACGAGUCAAUGGUCGUGA